CAACAGUGAAUAAUCCGAGGGCAGUGUUGGAACCAGAAACUUACUUUUGCCGCGUUUUUCCUUCAUUUUUUCCCGCCAAAAAUACAGAUCCCUCGCCGAUCUUCCUCUCACUCAAUCCCGCCUAACACACUGAUCCAUCGCUAAUCAAAACACCGAAUAGUAGACAUGGAUAUGGACAUCCCUGAUCCAGAAGAGCUCGAAUGGCUCGAAUCCAACUCUCAUUUCCAAGAAGAAGACCAUUCCGAUUAUAAUUCCUAUCCUUACCCGCCCGAUGAAGACCUCAAACCACAACAACAACAAGAAUCACCUCCUCACUCACCUUCAUCACCACCACCACGUAAGCGUCUCCGAUCUGACGGUCCUGGUUCACCUAUUCAUGAAAACAUUGAUAGUAUCGCAUCUGAUGAGAAACGAAGUAAAAUCGACGAUGUCGAACAAGAGGUUGACGAGGACUGGCUCCGAUACUCACCACCGCCGCCGCCGCCGCCGCAGGAGGUGGAGAGAAUGGAAGUUGCUGUGGAGGAGAAGAUUAUAUCAAAAUACAUAUCUGAGAUUGACGGUGAUUUUAUUCCAAUUACGGCGCCUAGUGGUGGUGAUAGGGUUUAUGCUAAGAUAUGUAGAGUCGAGACUGAAGAGAGAUUAAAGAAAUUGGAUAUGAAAUCGCAAUCAAAUGGUCUCAUCUCGGAGCCUGUCAAUGUUCUUUUGCAAAGAAUGGAGCAAGAGGCUUUCACCAAGGCCUUGCAUGCUAGUUCUGAAGGUCAAGCUGAUGUGGUUCUUACUGGAACAGAAAUGAUGCAUGAACAACUUUGGGUGGAUAAAUAUGCUCCAAAUUCAUUUACUGAGCUACUUAGUGACGAACAGACAAAUCGUGAGGUCCUCCUAUGGUUGAAACAAUGGGAUUCUUGUGUUUUUGGAUCUGAAAUCAGGAGUACGUCAGAUGACAUUCUAUCUUCUUUGAGACGCCAUUCAACUGUUUCUCAGCAUCAAAAACUUUCUCAUUCAAAUUUCCCUAGAAGGAUAAAAGGUCAUGGAUGGACUAAUGGGAAUUUUAGGCAUUCCAACAGUUUGGACAAUGAAAACAGUAAUGUGAAAGGAAUUCAGGACUUAUGGAGCAAGAAGUCCAGGCUUACUGGUCCACCAGAACAGAAGAUCCUUUUACUUUGUGGGCCCCCAGGUCUUGGAAAGACCACUCUCGCACAUGUAGCUGCUAAGCAUUGCGGAUAUCGAGUUGUGGAGGUUAAUGCAAGUGAUGAUAGGUCCUCGUCUACAAUUGAAGCUAAAAUCCUUGAUGUGGUUCAGAUGAAUUCUAUAAUGGCCGACUCCAGGCCCAAAUGUUUGGUGAUUGAUGAAAUAGAUGGAGCUCUUGGUGAUGGCAAAGGUGCUGUGGAGGUUAUUCUAAAGAUGGUUUCUGCUGAAAGAAAGUCAAAUACUGGGAAGGAAAAUGUUGCUAAAGGAGAUCAAUCAGGAAAGAUAUCUGCAAAAAAGGGGCGGAAGACAGUGUCACUUUCAAGACCUGUGAUUUGCAUAUGCAAUGAUCUGUAUGCACCCGUCUUGAGACCAUUACGCCAGGUAGCAAAGGUUCAUAUAUUUGUUCAACCAACAGUUAGUCGUGUGGUAAACAGGCUCAAAUUUAUUUGUAAGAAGGAGGGAAUGAAAGUGAGUUCCAUCGCCCUCACUGCUCUGGCAGAUUACGCUGAAUGUGAUAUACGCUCAUGCUUGAAUACCCUCCAGUUUCUCCACAAUAAGAAGCAGUCUCUUCAUAUGUUGGAGAUUGGAUCUCAGGUGGUUGGUCAAAAGGAUAUGUCUAAAAAUGUUUUUGAUAUCUGGAAAGAGAUUUUCCAAAAGAAAAAAAUGAAGCGGGAAAGAAAAUCCAGUACUGGCAGCUUGUCCCAUGAAUUUAACUUCUUGCACUCCCUUGUAUCCAAUCGGGGUGAUUAUGAUGUGGUUUUUGAUGGUAUUCAUGAGAACAUCUUGCAACUCCAAUAUCAUGAUCCACUGAUGCAAAAGACAGUCAAGUGCUUCAAUAGUCUCGGAGUUUCUGAUCUAAUAAACCAAUAUAUUAUGCGUACCCAGCAGAUGCGUCUUUAUGCAGCUUAUCAGCCUCCUCUUGCAAUAAUUGUGCACCAUCUUGUUGCUCAAGUUCAAAAACCAAAUAUUGAGUGGCCAAAGUCUUAUCAAAGAUACCGAACAAUGUUGAUGGAAAAGACAGACAUUUUGAGGUCUUGGCGAAGCAAAAUUCCACCAUUCAUUUCAAGACAUUUGUCAAUUGAGUCCCUCGUAGAAGAUUCAAUUUCGCCUUUAUUACAUAUUCUGUCACCUUCAACUCUUAGGCCGGUGGCAUUUCAUUUACUAUCAGAAAAAGAGAAGAAUGGUCUGGCUCAGUUAGUGAGCACUAUGGUAUCUUAUUCUGUAACAUACAAGAACAUGAAACCCAAUCCUCUUUCCUCUACACAGGAAUUUGAAGCAGCUUUAGAUGCCUCAGCACUUUCCUUUGAUCCUCCCAUUUGCGACUUCAUUAAGGGCUAUAACUCUGCUCAUUAUGUACUUCCCUUAGCAGUGAAACAAGUUCUUGUUCAUGAGGUUGAGAAGGAAAAGAUACUGCAAGUAAGCAGAUCUGCGCAUUUAACAGAUGGGGGCAGUAAAGAGAACCUCGACUUAGCAAACGGAAAGCAUAGCAAGUUACAGUCUGCUAAUGACUCUACAUCUUUAUCUGCUUCUAAAAUUGAAACCAGAAAUAACUUGUUAAAUCGACACCAAUGUAAAACUGGUGACUCAACAAAGCCAUCAAACUUGGAUUUCAGUAAAAGUUCCACAUCCAGCAUGAAACUAAAAUCCCCAGGAAAUUCAAAGCCUUGUACUGGCUCCACCAGCUUCUUCGACAGGUUCAGGAAAGUGAGUAGUAAAAGUUCCCCAAACACAGACAUUGCCGUACAGAAGACGACCACCUUAGAAAGAGAUUUACGUCCUCUGCUUUUUAAGUUUAAUGAGGGUUUUACAAACGCUGUAAAAAGGCCUGUCCGAAUGCGCGAGUUCCUGCUAUAAUUAAUAUUUGAUUAUUCACUGCUUGGAACACUGGCAGUGCCAUUUGUUCAUAGCAGCACAAAAGUUCAUAUGUUUAUAUUCACAAUUUUUUAAUAUUCUUAAAACCUUAUCUUGCAUUUGAAAAGGAAGCCACAGAUAUAUAAUUUUAGGGGUCCGGAGAAGAGAGAGAACCAAUUGUCCGAUGCUGCAUAUGUUCUCAACUGGCAAAUACAUGAAAUGAUUCCAGUGUA